AUGCUAUCAUAUGCUAUUUUUACGAUCGUUGCCAUCCUGUGGCUGGUCUAUCGCUUGGCUCUGUUUUUAGGAAUUCCUGUGUGGCGAAUCGUGUCGACCUUGGGACUUCAAGUUCCGCAAACGACAAGAGUGUCAAUUGAUGAGAUCACAGAGGAAACUAUUACAGUUCGAUGGGAAAAUGAGCCCACCAAUGCCACGGAGAAAGAAAGCGCGUCAAUUUCUCGUUACAUCCUCUACCUGAAUAACGUCAAGAUUGGAUCGAUUCCAAAUAUUCCAACAUCUCUCUACACAUGUUGCUCACUUAAGAAUCUCUUGCCACAAACACAAUAUCAGUUCGAUUUUGUUUGUGUGAAUAAAGAUGGUUUCAUGAACAAAGUGCCAGCUAUUUACGUUAUGACCAAACCGAAGAGCCCUAAAAAGCAUGAUAGUCAAAUAAGCGCGGAAGAAGUUGACACAAAUCUACUAGUAGCGUCGAACUUUCCUGCUGACACGAAAUGGAGAAAAAGCCAAGUAGCGGUAUCAACUGAAUCUCCAACCUCUUAUGCAAGUCUAACAUCGCUCCAAGACCUGGAUGAUUUUUCCAUAACCGAUUUAAAAUGUAUUUUGGUUUGUGCACAAGAAGAUUUACAUGACGUCCUGCAGCAAGAAGCUUCUAUACUACAAGAUUUCCACGAGAGCGAGGUUCAACUGCGACUUGAACUGGAUAACUUAAAAGCUCAGUGGGCACAUGAAAUCGAUCUGAGGAAAAGCCUCAAGUCCAGUAUCAAAUCUCUGGAAAACUCCAAGUUACUUUACGAUUUGAAGCGUGGCAAACUAGACAAAAACAUUGAUCAGAGUGUGAACAAAAUAAAGAAAAUGAAAACUGAUAUGAUCAAAUGGGACCAAGAAAGAAAGAAUCACUUGAGGCAAGAAAAUCUGCAGGAGAAGUUUAACAACGAGAAAAAGUCGCUGCUUGAAAGAAUUGAUGAGGUUUCUAAGCAGGUAAAGGAACUUCAUUCUCGGGUGGCUAGUCAGGAGGAAGAGAAUAAAAGGCUGAACUCUGUCAAAAAAUCUUUGGACUCUACCCAAAGUGCAUUGCCCACGAGUGCAUCCGCUAGCGCAAACACGUCUAAAAGAAACAGUCCUGUUGAAAACGGGAACUCGGGUCUCAACAUGAAUUUCAUAGCCAAAAGAAUAAACGAGUGCACAAACGAGAAGACUGGUAUUCUGAAUAACGUCGGCCAGGAGUUUUUAAAUUCUCUGGGUGAGAACUCAGCAGUUUGCGCGCUUUUGAAGGAUGAAAUCAAGAAAGAUCUGAACUCAGAAAAUCAAUGGAGAGCAAGAAAGUUGAAAAUGAAGAAACGGAAUGAACUAAUGGAGUCUUUAUGGUCAGAGAUCAGUAUGAAAAACAGAGAACUCAUGGCUGGUCUUGCCGCUCAACCUUAUACAUCAGCUCGUCAAGCGCCCUCACCAAACGGUAGUGCGCCAGCGUUGGCUUUGCAUGACCCUAGCACAUAUGUGUCUGCCGACACCAUGCAUGAGCAAUCAGCGUUCGGUAAUGAGUCUUUCCGGCACGCUUCUCCGCCUCCUAAUACCACACAGGCUUACACCAAUUGGAAUAUCCACCAACCAAAUGGCCAACAGAUAGAGGCAGGGGGUGAGGAUCAGCAGUUUGACUACGAUAACGCGCAUCACUUGUUGAGUGGAUUGCAAAACAUGAUUUCGGAGGAGGACUACCAAGCCACAAAUGUCAGUACUUCAAAGCUUUAUACUACCGAUGAACUAGACAAUUACUGGAGCCGCCAAACCGCCCCCGAGAUGAUUCCUCAUCGCGCCCAAGAGCACUACUCGACACAGCCCUCAAAUCUCCCCCUGUUGUCACCUACUUCCAUCUUAGAGAAUCCUGACAAUUCCCAUCACAUGAGAAUAAUGAGCAACGAGUCUUUUGCUCCUGUGUCCGUUUCGCAAGACGAGGACUUGUCGAUGUUUGCUCACACACCAAUUGUUCAAAGAGAUGACGUUAUUUCAUUUGGCUCUGGUUACAACAACGACCCGGCAUUGAGAACCUCGCCUCUACCAUUACCAAUGACGGAAGAUUUCACCAAAGAUAACUUGUUUGGUUCAGGUCACUUCAAUGCUAUAUGGAAUAAUUCUCAUACCGGGGAGACUCCAAGUUCUCCAGUCGUAGAGAAGCUAGGUACCCCGAAAUCGCAACAUACCAGAAGCAACAGUCGUGGAAGCUGGAGCUUGCCUCACUUUAUGCAGAAGUCUCCCAACGGUAAAUCAGAAUCUAAAAACAACAGCGGCGGCUCAUCAAAUGGUGAGGCCAAAGAUCGGGAAUCUCAUGGUGGCGAACGCCGCAUGUCCAAACUGCUUACAAAAAGUGGCAUGAAUCAUUUGUUCAGAUCGCCUACUCAUGAUAAUUAA